AGAUACUCCAGCCUCGAAGGCUCCAUCAGCAUCUGCUACAGUGAUUACCACAAACCGCAGGCUGCAGGAAAUCUAGCGCCUGUUCCAGCAUCUAGCACGCCGUCUUGAGACGCCAACGCGGCCCAUCCCCGUUGCUGCACACAACACAACCUCAAAAUGGGCAACAGCAGGAACCUCGAGUACCCCAAGACUCCAAUCAACAAAGUCAAUCGGUACAAUGUACGAGAAACCUACGACCUCGAGCAAAUCCACAGCAUAAUCAACGACAGCACCUUCGUCAACGUCUCAUUCAACACGCCUGACCCUGCCAAUCCAUUCCCCAUCACACUCCCCAUGGUCGGCAUAGCAGCCAGCUUCGAGCACCCAUCCGCCGGCCUUGGUGAGCCCCUCGACGUCUAUGUCCACGGGUACGUUUCAGCACGUAUGAUGAAUCUCUCACGCACUGGCGAUAAAAAGGGGUUGCCCGUAACCAUCUCCGCCACGAAAGUCGACGGUCUGAUCCUCACGCUCACACCCUAUACGCACGACGUGAAUUACCGCUCCGCCGCGUUGUAUGGGUACGCCAAUGUGGUCACCGACGAGGCCGAGAAACUCUGGGCCAUGGAACAAGUGACCAACAGUGUCGUCUCGGAUCGGUGGCGACACACGCGCGUCCCGCCUAUCCCAGCUGAAUUAUCGAGUACGGCGAUCUUGCGUGUGAGUGUGGUCGGCGGGAGUGGGAAGAUUAGGGUCGGCGGACCGCGUGAUGAGAAGAAGGAUCUCGAUCAGGAGGAGUUGCAGGAUAGUAUUUGGACGGGUGUGAUUCCUGUGUAUGAGCAUUAUGGUGAGCCGGUGCCGUAUAAGACGAACCGCGUCAAAGAUGUGCCGGAACAUGUGGUGGCUUUUGCGAUGGAGAUGAGGAAUAGGAAUGAGAGUUAUGCGGCUGAUGCGAUUGCGGAUACUUCGCAGGAUUAAUAAUGGAUCUCUGGAGGAGAAGCGUGGACAUGAGUUUGUUGCAGUAAUGAUUGAUAUCUGCUGGUCUGUGACUGGGAUUAGUGAUGACUUGCCGGAUGCCGGAGAUUU